AUGGCGGUCCCCUGGGAGGAGUAUUUCCUGCUGACCUUGCAAGAGAAACUCUCCUCCAGGCAGCCAUCAGAGCAGGAUGUGGAUCACAUUCCCCCACUGCUGCGUCUCCUGGAGAAAAGACAAGAGCUGGCGGAUGCUGACCGGUGCCUGAAGGCCCAGAAGGAGGAGUUCCAUACCACCAUGGCCGCUCUGAAACAGCGCUGGGAAGAGCUGGGGCAGAAAGAGCAGGAUCUAAAGGGCUCCUUCGUGCGCUUUAACAAGUUUUUGCAGGAGGCCGAGGCCCGGCGCGGCCGCGCGCUGCGGAGGGCGGCGGAGGCGCGGCACCGCGCAGGCCGCCAAGAGGCCGAGGCGCAGCGGCUGCGCGCACAGCUGGAGGAGCUGCGGCGGGAGCUCGCGCGGCUGCAGCUCAGGGUGCAGCGCCUGGAGCCGUGCACGCGCCUGCUGGAGCGCGUGCUGGAGCAGCGGCCCGAGUUCCAGGAGAUCCCCGAGCUAGUGGCGCGCUUCGACGGCCUGGUGGACACGCAGGCGGCGCUAAGGCUCACGCAGCGGGAGCGGCUGGCAGAGCUGGAGGCGGCGCGCGCGCGGCUACAGCUGGUGCAGGAUGCGGGACAGGACGAGCUGCUGCGGUACAGCCAGAGGCGGGCGCAGCUGCAGGAGCAGCUGGAGGCGGCGCGGGAGCGCAAGCUGCAGUGGGAAUCCAAGUGGAUUCAAAUCCAAAACACCGCGGCGGAGAAGACCCUGCUUCUGGGACGUACUCGGAUGUCAGCGCUCAACCUGUUCCAGCUAGUGUGCCUGCACCAGAGGCAGCCGCCCAACCUUGACAUCGAGGACACCGAGGGGCAGCUGGAGCAGGUGAAGCUAUUCAUCCUAGACCUCUCUGCCAUCCUGGCCAGCCUUCCUCAGGCCAAGCCCGCAGCUGCCACCUCCUGGCCCAGAUCUAGGUAA